AUCCAUUUCCGUGAAAAGAUCCUCGCUUUCCGAUUCUCUAAUCUGAUGAGAAGACGAAAUCUGGUGUCUAAUUCUCAUGAUGGGAUGGAAAAGUUCAACGCCAAGCAGCAGAACUCCCGGGUUUGCAUUCUUGUCACAUUGUCUGGCAUCUUUUGGUUCUUGAUCUUCUACUUCCAUUUCACCGUCCUAAGUUCGAGUACCACCACUAUCCAACCAGAGCGCACCUCCUUAGACCCCAUUCCAUCGAAGUUUGAACAUUUGUACAAAGACCAAAGCCACAGUGAACGUCUUCCUACUUACCAGCCAUUGCCUCAUGAGGAAUCCAAUGCAAAGCAGGAAGCAAAGAACUACCCUUUUUUACGAGCCCUCAAGACUGCUGAUAACAAGAGUGAUAAAUGCGGCGGGAGAUAUAUCUAUGUGCAUGACCUUCCAUCGCAGUUCAAUGAAGAUAUGCUCAAAGAAUGCAAGUCGCUUAAUCUAUGGACUAACUUCUGCAAGUUCACAACCAAUGCUGGCCUUGGUCCACCACUUGAGAAUGUUGAAGGUGUCUUCUCGAAUACAGGAUGGUAUGCCACCAAUCAGUUCACGGUUGAUGUGAUUUUCAGCAAUAGAAUGAAACAAUAUGAGUGUUUGACAAAGGAUUCAUCCAUUGCUGCAGCGGUGUUUGUGCCUUUCUAUGCUGGUUUUGACAUAGCAAGGUAUCUCUGGGGGUAUAAUAUAUCGGUGAGGGACUCAGCUUCUUUGGCCUUGCAAGAUUGGCUUAUGAAGAGGCCGGAGUGGAAUGUGAUGGGUGGGAAGGAUCAUUUCUUGGUUGGAGGAAGGAUCACUUGGGAUUUUAGAAGACUUACUGAUUUGGAAUCAGAUUGGGGGAACAAGUUUUUGUUCCUGCCUGCAGCCAAAAAUAUGACAAUGCUUGUUGUGGAGUCCAGCCCGUGGAAUGCAAAUGAUUAUGCGAUUCCAUAUCCUACUUAUUUCCACCCAGCUAAAGAUGAAGAUGUGUUCAUUUGGCAAGAUCGAAUGAGAAAGUUAGAAAGGAAGUGGCUGUUCUCUUUCGCUGGUGCGCCGCGACCUGAUAAUCCUAAAUCUAUCAGAGGACAACUGAUUGAUCAGUGCAAGCAGUCCAGUGUGUGUAAAUUGUUGGAGUGUGAUUUUGGGGAGAGUAAGUGUCAUUCUCCGAGCAGUAUCAUGCAGAUGUUUCAGAGUUCUUUGUUCUGCUUGCAACCGCAAGGGGACUCUUAUACAAGGAGAUCUGCUUUUGAUUCAAUGUUGGCAGGUUGCAUACCUGUUUUCUUCCAUCCUGGCUCGGGGUAUACACAAUAUACUUGGCAUUUGCCGAAGAAUUAUUCAAGUUACUCAGUUUUUAUUCCUGAGGAUGACAUUCGCAAGAAGAAUGUUCUUAUAGAGGAAAGAUUGAAACAAAUUUCUCCUGAUACUGUGAAGACCAUGAGGGAAACUGUGAUUAGCUUGAUACCGAGAUUGAUAUAUGCUGACCCCAGGUCUAAAUUGGAGACUCUGCAAGAUGCAUUUGAUGUAUCUGUACAAGCAAUCAUAGACAAGGUCACAACUUUGAGAAAGGAUAUCAUUGCUGGUGAUGAAGAUAAAGAUUUUAUCGAGGAAAACAGUUGGAAGUAUGCCCUAUUAGAGGAAGGACAGCGGACUGUCGGCGCACAUGAAUGGGAUCCAUUCUUUUCGAAACCAAAAGAGGCUAAGAAUGGAGAAUCUGGUAGCUCAUCUACAGAAUUUGCCAAGAAGUCUUGGAACAAUGAACAGAAGAAUCGAUCUUGAGUUCUUCCAUAUGCUACUUCAUACCAGUUUUUAUUCAAAUACGACGUACAUGAUCAAAUAUCGAAUUAAAAGUUUUAAGGUGUAUGAGUUUGUUUCAGAUGCAGUUGCUAAGCACUGUUAUCUUUAUGUUUUAUGUACAGUUAUUUCUAUACUAUAGGUCUUCCAUCCAUUGCCAUAUGCUAAAUCAUUGUCAGUCUAUCCUUUUGUUUUAUUCAUUUGAUUGAAGCCUUGGCAAAUGAGAUGUGUAGUUGUCUUCUAAAAUAUGUUGUUUUGUGACUGAGUGGAAAUAUAGAAGAGUUAUUUGCAAUAUUAA